AUGACCGUCUCCGUCGUCGACUCGGCACACGUCUUUCCGGCGUCGGGCUGUUUUAUGGAGCGCACGGCACCGCUGUCGAUUCUUGACGCCACAGUCGCCAAUUUCACGCCCACCGAGACAGUGCUGGCCUACGAUACGCCCGCCCCGACGCCAACUUCCCUACUCGAGGCGCUGCGGCGCGUGCUAGAUGGGUAUCCGCAGUGGUGCGGCAGUCUGCACUGCCUUCCUUUCGACGCAGCCACGCGCCGCCAUGGUCGUUUGGGCCUGACCUGGGGCCGUCCCGACGACCCUGGUGUGGUCAGCCUUCCGCUGCCCGCCCCCGGCCCGCUCUUCGACCCCAGCCUGCUGGAUGCCCGCGCCCCCGCCGCGACGCAACCGCCCAACGCGGCUGAUCUCUUGCCGUGCAAUCGCUUCGACUGGUGGAUAUCCAACGCCGACAGCCCCUUCCCGCCCGUCUCCCCGCCCGCCGAGCUUCUCCGGGACGGCCCACUACUGCCGCUCGACCCGCCCGGCACGCCCAUGCCCUGGGCCGACUGGGACCUCGCCGCGCCCGUCGCCCACCGGGUGCUGCACUUCCCUGGCCCGGAGCUGCUGCGCCUGUGGCAAGCAGCAACAACAGCAGCUACUCACGACGCCGGCGGUGAUGACGAUGCCCGUAUCAGCCACCUUAACGCCCUGCUCGGCCAUAUCUGGUCCUGCGUCACCCGCGCCCGCAGCCAAGCCGCCAGUGACGAAGCCGUAACGCUCGACUACACGCUGGGCGUGCGCGCGCGCCUCGCCCCGCCGCUGCCAGACCGCUUCGUCGGCUCGCCGCUCGUUAUCGCCGCUGCGACGGCGCCUGUGCGGGACGUCGUUUCUUCUUCCUCGGCUAGCAGUCGGCUACUCUGUAAGACGGUUGCGGCUUUUAUGCCUAAAGCCGUUGCCGGGCACGUCGCGGAGAAGAUACGCGAGUAG